GUGGGCUCCUUCUUCAUGAUUAAUCUGUGCCUGGUGGUCAUUGCCACGCAGUUCUCGGAGACCAAGCAGCGGGAGCACCAGCUGAUGCAGGAGCAGCGGGCCCGGUACCUCUCCUCCAGCACUGUCGCCAGCUACAUGGAGCCGGGAGACUGCUACGAGGAGAUCUUCCAAUACAUCUGCCACAUCAUGCGCAAAGCCAAACGCCGCACCCUUGGGCUGUACAACAGCAUACAGAGCCGACGCCAGGGCCACGUGGAGCAGAGCGAUGCCAACCUAGGAACGAACAGGAAAAGCCAGAGGCACUACAGACUUUGCCAGCAGCACAACUCUGUUGACUGCCCUCCUCAGGGCUUGGUCCAGCCCAUUGCUGUGACAGCAACCUCGGAUCCCAACAACUGCCCCCGAUGCCGUAGCAGGGAGCACGAAGCAUCACGAAGGCUCUCUGUCCUGGGUAGUGCUGAUUCAGACCAGGAGGAGAGAGGAGCCAGCGAAGGGGAAGGAGAGGGCAGCAGAGAUGACAUGGGUGCCUCUGCACUGGAGAAGGAGGAGGACGAACUGGAAGAAGGUGGACGACUGAAGCUUUGCAGUGACAUGUGGCGAGAAGUGAGAGUCAAGCUUCGAGGGAUUGUGGACAGCAAGUACUUCAACCGUGGGAUCAUGAUUGCAAUCCUGGUGAACACAAUCAGCAUGGGCAUUGAGCACCAUGAGCAGCCUGAGGAAUUGACCAACAUCUUGGAGAUCAGCAACGUUGUCUUUACCAGCAUGUUUGCCCUGGAGAUGAUCCUGAAACUUGCUGCUUUUGGUCUCUUUGAUUACCUCCGCAACCCUUACAACAUCUUUGACAGUAUCAUCGUCAUCAUCAGCAUCUGGGAGAUCAUCGGCCAGUCGGACGGGGGCCUCUCUGUGCUGAGGACUUUCCGUCUCCUGCGGGUCCUGAAGCUGGUGCGUUUCAUGCCCGCUCUGCGCCGCCAGCUCGUGGUGCUGAUGAAGACUAUGGACAAUGUAGCCACCUUCUGCAUGCUCCUCAUGCUCUUCAUCUUUAUAUUCAGCAUCCUGGGAAUGCACAUCUUUGGUUGCAAGUUCAGCCUAAGGACAGAUACAGGAGAUACAGUUCCUGACCGGAAGAAUUUUGACUCCCUGCUGUGGGCCAUCGUCACUGUUUUCCAGAUCCUAACUCAGGAGGACUGGAAUGUUGUGCUCUAUAAUGGCAUGGCCUCCACCUCGCCAUGGGCAUCUCUCUACUUCGUGGCUCUCAUGACAUUUGGCAAUUACGUGCUCUUCAAUCUGCUGGUGGCUAUUCUUGUGGAGGGGUUCCAGGCUGAGGGCGAUGCCAACCGGUCAUACUCAGAUGAAGAUCAGAGUUCAUCAAACAUGGAGGAAUUAGAUCAGUUCCAAGAGACUCAGGAAGGCUCAGAUCCCAAACUCUGUGCAAUUCCUGUGACACCUAAUGGACACUUGGACCCAUCUUUGCCCUCUUCCAACCCACCAGUGGCUGCUGUGGGGGUCACCACCUCUUCGCACAACUCCCUGCAGCCUGACCAUAUCCGUGUUCCUGUUGGGUCUCGAAUGUCCCUGGGGAGAAUGACCUAUGACCAGCGGUCCUUGUCCAGCUCCCGCAGUUCUCACUAUGGUGCCUGGGGCCGCAGUGGAGCCUGGGGGAGCCGUCGCUCCAGCUGGAACAGCCUGGCCCGAGGACACAGCCUGAAGCAUAAACCUCCCUCUGCCGAGCAUGAAUCCCUCCUGUCUGGAGAAAGGCACAGGGCGGCCGGCGGGGAGCCAGAUGGGACAGGAAGGGUGUUUCAUCACCGCCGGACACUUUCUCUGGACAACAAAGGCUCCUGUGACCUGCUGGAGUUGGCCUCAGUCCCAUCUGGCCACAGAGUGACCCAUAAGCUAGGAGCAGCAUUUGGGGCCAGCGAGCAUCAGGACUGCAAUGGCAAAAUGCCCAGUAUAGCCAAGGAGAUCUUCCCAAAGAUGAACAACCACAAGGAACGGGGAGAGGAUGAUGAAGAGAUAGAUUAUAGCCUGUGCUUUCGCAUCCGGAAGAUGAUGGAAGUCUAUAAGCCAGACUGGUGUGAGUUACGAGAAGACUGGUCCAUAUAUCUCUUCUCUCCACAAAACAGGUUUCGCCUCCUCUGCCAAACCAUCAUCGCUCACAAGCUCUUUGACUAUGUUGUGUUGGCCUUCAUCUUCCUGAACUGCAUUACCAUUGCCCUGGAGAGACCACAGAUUGAACACAGAAGCACGGAGAGAAUCUUUCUCACUGUGUCCAACUAUAUUUUCACUGCAAUUUUUGUAGCUGAGAUGACACUGAAGGUGGUCUCUCUAGGCCUCUAUUUUGGGGAUCAGGCUUACCUCCGCAGCAGCUGGAACGUCUUGGAUGGCUUCUUGGUCUUCGUGUCUCUCAUUGACAUUGUGGUCUCAGUGGCCUCUGCUGGUGGUGCCAAAAUCCUGGGGGUGCUGCGAGUCCUCCGGCUGCUGCGCACCUUACGUCCUCUCCGAGUCAUCAGCCGAGCCCCUGGCCUGAAGCUGGUGGUGGAGACACUAAUUUCUUCCCUCAAGCCCAUAGGAAAUAUCGUCCUCAUCUGCUGUGCUUUCUUCAUCAUCUUUGGCAUCUUGGGUGUGCAGCUCUUCAAGGGCAAGUUCUACCACUGCUUGGGAGUCGACAUCAGGAACAUCACCAACCGGUCCGACUGCGUGGCUGCCAACUACAAGUGGGUGCAUCACAAGUAUAACUUCGACAACCUGGGACAGGCUCUGAUGUCCCUCUUUGUUCUGGCUUCCAAGGAUGGCUGGGUCAAUAUUAUGUAUAAUGGACUAGAUGCUGUGGCUGUUGACCAGCAGCCAGUGACCAACAACAACCCCUGGAUGCUCCUCUACUUCAUCUCUUUCCUCCUCAUCGUCAGCUUCUUUGUGCUCAACAUGUUCGUGGGGGUGGUGGUGGAGAACUUCCACAAGUGCCGUCAGCACCAGGAGGCUGAGGAGGCGCGACGACGGGAGGAGAAGCGCUUGCGCCGCCUGGAGAAGAAGCGAAGGAAGGCGCAGCGUUUGCCGUACUAUGCCACCUACUGCCCCAUACGCCUCCUUAUUCAUUCGGUCUGCACCAGCCACUAUCUGGACAUCUUCAUCACUUUUAUCAUCUGCCUCAACGUGGUCACUAUGUCCUUGGAGCACUACAACCAACCUGUGUCCCUGGAGACCGCCCUCAAGUACUGCAACUACCUGUUCACCACCGUCUUUGUGUUGGAGGCAGUCCUCAAGCUGGUGGCAUUUGGUCUGCGGCGAUUCUUUAAAGACAGGUGGAACCAGCUAGAUCUGGCCAUUGUGCUGCUCUCUGUCAUGGGUAUCACGUUGGAAGAGAUUGAAAUCAAUGCUGCUCUCCCAAUUAAUCCCACUAUCAUCCGGAUCAUGAGGGUGCUGCGUAUCGCUCGGGUCUUGAAGCUACUGAAGAUGGCCACAGGAAUGAGAGCGCUGCUGGAUACAGUUGUUCAAGCCCUGCCGCAGGUGGGCUCAGUGCCACUUCUUUGCACCUUGCUCUUUUCCAUUCUAGGAGCCAAAACAGCUGAUUUUUCUCAA